CUGGGGUCCGGGGAGCGGUGUUGACUUUGUCCGCGGAUGUGUCUUGCUUAGCGGACAAAGACAGCUCCGCAGGACUAUCAUUCGACGGCGUUGAGUUAUUUCCCAAUGGCCUCACAAGCAACACAGGAUGAGCCUUUUAAUGCGGCUACUCUGAAUCUCGAUUAGUCUCACGCAGAAUCAUUCGCAAGCUUUCCCCACGUUUGAAAACAUAUCAACACGUGCAUCCCUCUAACGAUAGCCCACGCGCCCUCCUCGGUUUCGGGCUUGAGAGGUGUUUUUCAACUGGCAAGUUUCUCGUCGCCAGGUGGUUGAGUGUCAAGGUAAUAUCUCACCAUGAUCGACACGACAGCCUUGGAAGCUGUUAUCCAGCAACUCCUCCCCUCAAUCAAAUCAUAUAGAGCGGAGUCGGCGACUCCCUUUAUUCUUGGCCUUUCAGGUCUGCAAGGAAGUGGAAAGUCAACAUGGGCUGAGGCUCUUACCAACACAAUCAACGCCAAGUAUGGCAUCAACACAAGGACGCUUUCACUAGACGACCUGUACCACGACCAUGACCAGCUGGUAUCAUUGAGAGAUUCCAACCCCGGAAAUGGCCUCCUCCGCACUCGCGGACAACCCGGAACACAUGAUGAAGACCUAGCGCGACGAUUCUUCGACGAUGUGUCAAACUCACAGUCAAAUCAGACAGACUUAGAGCCCAUCAAGUGGCCGUCCUUCGACAAAAGUCUGUUCAGUGGUGAGGGCGGCAGAGCCUCGGAGUCACAGUGGGACAGCGUGCCCAGAAAUCCACCUCUGGAGGUUCUUAUUUUCGAAGGUUGGUGCCUUGGUUUCCAACCACUGUCGCCUGAGGAAGUUGAGAAGAAGUGGAAGAAAGCCAAGGAAUCAUCAAUAGCCGCUUCCGAGGACAUUCAGUUAUCCACAACGACACUAGCCAGUCAUAGCCUAGAGCAUCUUCAGCUCAUCAACCGGAACCUGGAAAGGUACUGCGAGAGCUUCAUGGGCCCCUGGCGCUUCGACGCAUUCCUUCACCUCAGCACAGACCAACUAGUCAACGUCUACCACUGGCGUCUGGACCAGGAGAGGGCAUUGCGGGAGAAGAAAGGUGCGGGCAUGACGGAUGCGGAGGUUGUUCGUUUUGUUCAAGGGUACAUGCCAGCGUAUGAGCUGUAUCUAGAGAGGUUGACCAACGAGUCUUUCUUCGGACAGCAGGAUGCUGGAAGAAAGGCUCAUGUUCGCGUUAUAUUAGACUCUAAUCGAAAGGUCCUUGGCGUCUCCAAGGCGUAGAAGGCAUUUGCAAGCAUCUGUGUAUUUCAUCUGUCGUCUUAUGUGAUGUUGUGAUCAUGUUCCAGCGUCAUAUCGUCUAUCUCUUUUUCAUCUCCCAGAUCAUCUUGUGCUUAG